GUCAGGCUUGCUGUUUGCAGCAACUGUAAGAGACAGUUUGAGAAAGACAUAACAACAGAGCCUCCGGUAACCCGUAUUCGGGACGCAUAUACGAGCUCUUUGGUCGUCUCCUCUCAGCAUAGUCCACCAUCGGUUGAAUCGAAAUUGGUCAACUCCCGUUUAUCUGCUGCCUUUCCUUGAGCUGGUUCCGCGAUGUCGCUCUAUCCACAGACGACGACAUAUACCCAGAUGCCCUACCCAGCCCAGGGCUAUGGGGCAGCCGUCCCGCCUCAGCCCUCGUACUACCCGCCUCCCCCCGCUCCUCAGCCGGUCUUCCACCUCGACCCCAACAUGUUCCGACGUGACUAUAUGACGAGGCUGGCUAACUUGACAGUUAAUUCCAGACCGAUCAUCCAGACCCUCUCGUUGAUUGCGCAGGACUAUAGUCGCUAUGCAGAUGUCGUCGUGCAAUGCAUCGAACAACAUAUCCGAAGGGUGCCGCCGUGGAUGAAGUUACCAUCGUUUUACUUGUUGGACGCCAUAUCGAAGAAUGUCUACGAUCCAUACGCCCGCCAUUUCACCCCGAUCGUCGUUCGUCUAUUCCUCGAUACUUAUGAGGUCGUCGACCAACAGACUCGAAGCAAGAUGGAGGAGAUGCUGUUGACUUGGCGGACAGCUUCCCCUACCGGCCGAGAGCUCUUCGGGGUCGUCUCUCAGCUUGCGAUCGAGCGUCACAUAUGGGGAGGCGAUUCUACUCAGAAUGCUCAGUCCGGUAGUCGUGACAGCGGAUCUAUCUCACAAGCACAAGUCCUAAGCGAACUUGAAUUCGUUCUCGGCCAGAAGGAGCGGCUACUGCUAUCCAGCCCCCAUGACGACUUGACCAAACAUCAUAUUGGUAUACUUCAGCAACUUCGUGGAAUGGUGCAAGUAGGCGUGCCUCAACGAGAUCUUCAAGCUAUCCUCACCCAACUUCGAGCUUUGACGACUCCAUCUCCGCCUCCGGCGCCCGCUCCUCAGCCGUACGGUGCACUCCCAUCCUACUCUCCGCCUCCCUCCAUCACCGGCCGCGUGAUUGCGCCACAGCCUCCUUAUCAGUCUCAGCCGGCAUACCCUGUCAAUUACGAGCAACCUAAGCAGGAGGCAAUGGAUAUAUCUCGUUUCCUUCAUGCUGCUGCCCCCGUUGCCUCGACUUCGACUACCCCGUCUGUGUCGAUGCCUGAUAUUAGCGGGAUUUUCAGCGCUCUCUUAAAGGCUGGUGUGGUCUCGGCUUCAAGCACAUCUACUGGCGCUGGCGCAAGCUCGAAGCACGAAGAACCGAACGAGCCUGCGGACCCCGAACGUCAAGCGCGACGAGCGUAUCGGAAACUAAUCCUGUCGACGAAAAUCAAAUUGACAAGCUCUGAUGUCACCAGACAACGUCCGAGAAUCACCGACAUAUUGUACGACCGUUUGCCUACGCAAUGCAAGCAAUGCGGCUACCGGUUCUCCGACAAUUCCGUUGGCAAGAAGUUGUUCGAGGAGCAUCUCGACAUGCACUUCCGUCAAAAUCGCAAGGCGACGCAAGCAGUCGGUCGCGGGCACAGCCGAAGCUGGUUUGUCAGCCUGGAGGAUUGGGUUAGCGCUGACUCCGGUGAUAGCAAGGGCAAAGGUCGUGCCGACGGUCGGACGGUCAGUUCCAAGGCUGUGGCUGCAAAAGAAGCUGCAAAGCGUGAGGCUGAGCUGAGGGCGAUGUUUGUUGUCGUACCCCCUGGCGAUGAGGCGAAGGCGAUAUCAUGUCCGAUCUGUAAGGAGCCACUUAAGUCUGAGUUCCUUGAGGACGACGAGGAGUGGGUGUGGCGAAAUGCUGUAAAGAAGGAUGAUAGGAUUUACCAUGCAACAUGCCAUGCGGAGGCAAUUGCGUCGAAAUCGAACUUAGCCGUACGUUUACUGGGUGAGGGGACGAGCCGUAGCAGGUCGAAGACCCCUGAGAAGGCGACCCCUCCGAGAGCGCACGCGACAUCGAACGGCGAGUUGAGGCAGUCCGAGACGCCAACGCCGUCGAAGCUAGCAGGUAUGAAGCGUAAAGCUGAAGACGAUCACGCUACUGCUGUCAAGCACGAGGGCGAUGGGCCACAGGCAAAGCGAGUAGCGACAUAACGUCCGCAGAGUUCGCGAUCUCUGCUUGGUGUCGAUAUCGUUGGACUCGAGCAUGCAUCACCGCCUACAUUGGAGCACACAGCAUACAUGGACCGCUCGCAUACUUUAUACGUUUCUUUAUUGUUGAGGUUUUCUGCGCAAUGUAUCAUGACUACACACGUGAAUACCAAUACAGCAUCGUUAUAGAUUUACUCGA